CAUGUCUGGCUCAGUCUCCAGACGGAAGAAGUUGGUACUUACUCUUCUGCCAUACACUCAGGCCCUGAGGCUGAGCGUGUUGAGGCAUUGGCGGCAUGGCUGUGGAGUGUCGCACGCAAACACAAGAAGAAUAAAAUUGUCCUGUAGAGGAGAGGAGAAGGGGAUGAACUGCUGUGAACCGGUGAGGGUUAAGUGACAAAAUGGGCGUCUGCGUCGGAACGCUGCUUUGCCCGCCGCCAUCAUGUCGUUGCCUUCAUUCCCGUAUGCUCAGCAAGCACAAAUCAUACGUUCAAAUCAGCGGGAUAUAUUCCAUCUCUCAUCCCUCCGCGAACAGACCGAGAGCGUGUUGAGAGCUUGGUUUGGCACACGAUGGCUCUCACGCUGGGAUAAAGAGAUUAGUCUUUUUGUAAAGCUCCUAUAUUAUGGCUUGACUAUUGGUCGAACUACACAGACAUUAGGCGAGGAAUACACGGGCAUAUGGCUGCACUCUCUCCGAACCGAUGCUCCGCCGUCUCGUAACCUUCGCUUGGCAUUGGUUUUACUUCCAACGCUGCCAAGCUACAUCGCGGCCAAAUGGGGCUCUGCGCUUUCGCAAGACUCGAAACUGAGCUUGUUGCUGCGAAGAACACCGCAUGUUCUCGAAGUUCUCUCGGAGAUCAAUCUGGCAGCAUUCUACCUGCAGGGAGCAUAUUAUCAUUUGACGAGGAGAUUCUUUCGAGCGCGAUAUAUUUCAGGCACCUUUCCCAGCCCGAACACAAGACCUCCAUCAUACUCUCUACUUGGCGUUCUUUUGGGUAUCCGACUGCUGUACCGGCUUACAACUUUUAUGCGUUCUCUUCGAGCAGAAGAUGGUCCGAAGUCAGCUGAAGGGAAACGCCACGCAGACGACUCUCACGAGACGUACAUCGACGACGCUCCUGUCUCCACCAUGUUAGGACCGCACAAUCUCGACGACCAGCCGGUUAUCCCAGCAGAAGAAGAUGAACGGACAGCGCUGGAUAUCGCAAGUAUACCCUCAGCAUUGCGGGCCAGCCGAAAUUGCACUCUUUGCCUGGAAGAGCGAACUUCAAGCUGUGCAACAGAAUGCGGACAUCUGUUCUGCUGGUCUUGUAUCGUGGGUUGGGGUCGAGAAAAGGCGGAGUGCCCUCUAUGUCGCCAGUCUCUCAGCAUAACCAAGCUCUUGCCCAUAUACAACCUAUAAUCCACAUGCUCAUAGCUUACAUAGUCGGAAGCCAUGUAUAUCAUCUGGUUAUGUCAGAAGCAUAUGAAUGCGAGAUACAGGAAGAUGCGCCGUGCGCAUUUUGCACCAGGCGGUCCACAAACACGUUAUACAAUUUGUUGUAUCAGGGUGAUGUUAUCGCCCUUGAGUAGUAUACGACCUAGGACAUCGCGUCAGACAGGACACCAAA